GAGGAGGGAGGGAGGGGAGGCAGCGAAGGCGGGGGAGGGAAGGAGGCGCCGCGGCAGCCGAGGCGCUCGGUGCUCGGCCGGGCCGCGCGACCCCGGAAGCCGCGACGAGGUCGAGCUGAGCAGCAGUGGGCACAAAGUGGGGCUACGCACUGGGACGAGGGACGAGGACGAGGGACGAGGACGAGGAGGAGGAGGAGGAGGAGGCACUGGGGCGGCUGACGCCACGCAGCGCGACUGCCUGGCCGCUGCUGACUGGAGCCAGCCGGCAGAGGGCGGCACACACAGCCAUCCACAGCGCCACCAGUGUACGGACGAGGUCAGAAAGCAACCCACGUGGGUCGCCACCCCCCCUCUUGGCCGCCCCCGACUCCUCGAGCCAGAGGCGGGAGGGGAGGAGGCGAGGGCGAGGACAGGCGCAAGGGCAGGAUCGGCUUCUUCGCCCCGCGCCGCACGCGCGGCCUCCGGGAGCGAGCGGAGCCCACCGCAACCGAUCAAAAAAAGGGCGCGGCGCCCCGGCUGCCGCGCCCGGCCAGGCCGUCGCGAGCCUCGGCCGGAGGCAGUGGCUCAGGGUGCACCCUGGGAGCGUGCUUUCGCAAUGCACGGGUGCGACGGACAGGCAGGUGGACAAGACAACCACACAUCCAGAAAGGCCGAGGGGAACCGGAGCUGAGACCGAGAGGGGGAGAGAGAGAGAGAGAGAGCUAGAAAGCCAAGGCCUCGGAGAGCUGCCAGAGCCCC